AUGACCUCCCCGAUGAAACGCUCUGGAUCCAAAUCUGGCGUGGCUGGCCCCGCGCCAGGAAACAAAUCCAAGGUCAACAACGAGAACGACGAACCCAAAGCCAAGGGCAUCGACAAUGGCACCACCAGACUCCCGCCCAUCGUCGACGUCCUGACGCUCCGAACACUCGAUGCCCGCAGCUCCAUCACCCCCUCCCACCCCAACCUCGAGCAAAGCAUGCUCGGCAUCGAGGCCUUGGACCAGUCCGUCCCCAAAACCAAGAAACGCACCAAGUCUGUGCGCUUCGCGCUCGAUCAACCACGCAUGCAGCCCCCGCGCACCCCCAAGGCCCGUAGCAAGAAGCGCCUCAUCCGCUUCGAGGACCACCCCGGGCUGUCAGAGCUCGAGAUCGGCGCGCUCAGGGCCGCACGCAUCAUGACUAUGCCCAGCCCUCCUAAGUUCGGGGCCCCCGAUUACGACUCCGACUCCGACGAGGAGGAGGACACAAUCAACUUUAUGUCCCGCCGGCCCACCAGAAUGAAGCCGGCCAAAGUCUCGGCCCCGCCUGCAGAACAUUCCAGCGGUAAUAUCUUCGCAAGAAAUGGCAACAUCUUCCCGCCCAUUCAGGCCCCGUCCCAGGUCCAAGCAUGGCCAGUCGGUUCGUACAAGGCUGCGAUGGCUGCCGAGAGAGCGAAGAAGGCUGAAGAGAAGGCUCUCAGGGAAGAGGAUGCUAGGAAAGAGGCAAAGCAGAAAACGCAAGACGAGAAUGCCAAGAGAGACGCCGAGGAGGAAGCCGCCGUGGUGCAGAUGCUCGAAUCUUCGCCCACGCAGUCAUCCGAGGAACUUCCCGAGGCACCCACCGACGCGCCUCAAGAUGCCCUCAAUGAGGCACCCACUGAAGCACCUCAACGGGACCCUCAGCAGUCCACCAGCAAACAAGCUGACGACAUUCAGGAACCGGAACCAGCGGCGCCUCUCUCCCUGUGCCCCUCCCCUCCGCCCCCACCCCCUCCUCAGUCUCACCAGCCCGUGAGCGCGGUGCCCGAGAGUCAGCUCUUCCCCGUUCGCAACUUCAAACAGGCCCUUGACGACAUCACUAAGGUGGACGCAGCAAAGGACACUGUGGAAGGUUCCAUAGCCAUCGAAAACGAAGAGGAUUGGGUCAUUGUGGACACUCCCGAGCCCCAGCUUCCGUCACCCGAGCCCUCGACCCAGGCGCGCAGGUCGCCCAUUAUUCCACAAAUCAUGCAGCGGGUGACGAGGUCAAUGGCUAAGAAGAUCCAGACGAAGCUGCGCGUCAUCUCUGGCUCCAAGAACAAGCCCACGGCGACUGGGUCUAAGACAAGCACAGCGUCUAGAGGAGCAAAGGCGAGACAGAUUUUCAGUAGGGCGAAACCGGCGGGAUUAGCCAGGACUCAAACCAGGACCAUCUCCGCUGCCGAGUCGAGGGCGCAGACCACACCGCCCACGAUUCCAAAGGUACGCACAAUUGCCGUCAACAACGUCGAGCUUGCGCUGACCAUCCCAAAGCCGACUUCUAUCGCAGACUCUGAACCUACUACCUCGCGCCCAGAGCGCAACCAACUAAAGAGGCGUUGGAUGGACGACGAUGUCCAAGAAGCCUCCUCGACGAAGCGCAAGCUGUCAGGGCAAGCGCCGCCAGCGAAGAAAGCCAAGCUAUCGUCAACGUCGGAAGCCCCUGUUGCGGUUCCACAAGGUCCCACGUUACCCGCGUCCCAGGAAGCUAUCUCAAGCCCUCGUGUCUCCGCAAAGAGGCGUAGAGAUGCCGAUGAAGAAGAGGACUCGUCCAUUGGAGCGCGUCUGGUGAAGAGGCUCAGGAGAUUGUGA